UUUUCCACCCGGACACCUUAAAUUUCGGGAAAUGGUCUUUAUGGUACAACUAAAAACGGUCGUCCAAAGUAACACCGUUGAGAGUUUUGCAACUUUUUGUGCCAUUUUAAGGUGCAAGAUUGCAAGUCUACAGAAGGCCGCCUCCCGAUUUGAGUAGCAGAUAAGGGAAGGUUUAUCUCAAUGGCCACCAUUCCAUCUUCGGCUUUCAUAUGCAAUAAUGGAGGGAAAACCCAUUUCAAAUUCAUGAGAAAUAGGCCAUUAAAGGGCAGUAGGAACUCUGUGAUGAAACCCAUUUGUGCAAAACAGGGGGUGACCUCUUUGGAGUAUAGAAAGCUUGGGGAUUCUGACCUUAACAUCAGUGAAAUUACAAUGGGGACGAUGACAUUUGGGGAGCAAAACACGGAGAAGGAGGCUCACGAGAUGCUUACUUAUGCUUUUGACCGUGGUAUCAAUAUCUUAGAUACUGCAGAAAUGUAUCCAGUCCCAACAAGGAAGGAAACUCAAGGACGGACUGAUCUUUACGUGGGGAGCUGGCUCAAGUCCAAACCCCGCGAUAAGGUGAUUUUAGCUACAAAAGUCAGUGGUUAUGGUGAGCGGUUGACUUAUUUGCGUGAUAAUGCCAAGGUGGUGCGUGUUGAUGCUGCUAAUAUUAAAGACAGUGUAGAGAAAAGUCUUAAGCGCCUCUCUACAGACUACAUAGAUUUGUUACAAAUUCACUGGCCAGACCGUUAUGUUGCCCUAUUUGGUGAAUUUACUUUCAAUUUUUUAAAGUGGAGACCAGGUGUGCCAUUUGUUGAGCAACUCCAAGCCUUUCAGGAACUCAUUGAAGAAGGAAAGGUACGCUACAUAGGUGUCUCCAAUGAAACAUCUUACGGCGUUAUGGAGUUUGUUCAUGCUUCAAAGAUUGAAGGACUUCCAAAAAUUGUCAGCAUUCAAAACAGCUACAGUCUCUUGGCCAGAUGUCGCUUUGAAGUUGAUUUGGUUGAAGUAUGCCACCCAAAGAACUGCAACAUUGGCUUGCUUGCAUAUUCUCCACUUGGUGGUGGAUCACUAAGUGGAAAAUAUUUGGAUCUAAAUUCUGAAAUUGCAACGAAAGGAAGGCUGAACCUCUUUCCAGGUUACAUGGAACGAUACAGCAAAUCCAUUGCAAAGGAAGCUACUGAACUAUAUGUCCAGUUAGCUAAGAAACAUGGCCUAACUCCAGUUGAAUUAGCACUUGGAUUUGUUAGAGACCAACCUUUUGUUACCAGCUCAAUCAUUGGUGCAACGUCUCUCGAGCAGUUGAAGGAAGACAUUGAUGCUUUCAUGAUAACAGGCCCGUUGCCCCCAGAUGUUGUAGCAGGAAUUGCAGAAAUCUAUAGUAGAUAUAGAGACCCAGCAACUUUUUAAUCUGAUCUCUCUCUCUCUCUCUCUCUCUCUCUCUCUCUCUCUCUCUCUCUCUCUCUCUCUCUCUCUCUCUCUCUCUCUCUCUCUCUCUCUCUCUCUCUCUCUCGGUUACACCUAAAAAAUUUGGAGUCCUGAAAGUACUCAGGAUUACGGUUUUGCCAGAGGAAAGAAAUGUACAUUUUCUUCUGAUAAGAGCGUAUAUUGUUUUUCGAUUCUUA